AUGUCGAACUCCUUCGAGAACACGCUGUCCAACAUUGUGGACCUCGUUAAAAGUUUUUCCUCUUAUUCUUAUUUCCCGAAUCGAACCUUCUUUCAGAUCCAUAUUUCACUUCUCGCGAACCGCGGCCUGAAUUUCGGCAACCAGGCCCACCACCUGCCCCGAAUUAUGAGUACGAAAGUCGGGAGCCGCAGCCACGAUUCGAGAACCGUGCAUCUGCCGGUUUCCCCAACAAAUAUCCUCCAGUCGUGGAACUUCAAAUAAAUCCAACUUAUCAGGGCAGAGAAAGAAGUCCUGCCUCAUACGCUCCACAGUCCAGUUAUUCCUCGUCAGUGAAAGUUUCAGUUUUAGAGCAGAUUUCCGAAAAACUCGAAACGAAAAUCUUGCAUAAUUUGGAAAAAAAAAUAAUGGAACAUUUCGCUCACCUUGUAUAUCAAUCUCUCCAAAAAAGUUUUUGGUCAAAAGUUGGUUAAUUCCAGAAAAGUUUUUAGUAGUAACUUUUAGUGGUCAUUCUGUAGCAUGUUUGAGCUUUAUGACUUUUGACAAGAGAACUUUCUUAUCUUCUGUCGUUUAGAUUUCCAUCGAAAGAGCAGCCAUCGGGGAAUUUCACAGCGUUAGUGAAUUUUUAGUUUUAAGGCUUUUUAGUUAAGAUUCUAGUCUUUUCGUUUAGUUUUAGAGCUUCUUGGAGUUUUUUUUCAGAUAUUUAAUGAGCACUUUUUUUCAGGAUGCCCUCAGGUCAACCAGGCUCGGCCAAUUAUACACCGUUAGUUAUUUUUUGUGACUGAUUUCGUGAUAAUUUUCUGAUUUUCUCAGAAUCAACGCGCAGCAGGCGUCGGCCAACUUUCAACCGUCAGUUUUUCAGAUUGUUAGGAUAUAAAAACGAUUUAAAUUUUUCAGGGCCGCUGCUACUGCCCCGCAGAGUGCGCCACAAGUUCCGUACGACUAUAAUGCAGUUGGAUUUGACACUAGUUCCGUCGACCCUUCUAUGGUUCGGUCAGUAGAGCGACAUUGACGUGAAAAAAUAAUUUCAUUUCGAAAAAAAUGUAUUUUGUAUUUUUUGUGCUGUUGUGUACAGCGGAGUUCCAGUGAGGGAUGUGAACUUUAAGUUUUCAUACAACAAAAUUUCAUUUUUUUUUUUUGAUCUAAUUGAGCUUUGAGCAACAGUUAUAGUUGUUCAAUUCGAAAGCCGUAAAGAAAUUGAAAAAAAUUCAUAUUCUGAGUUUUGGUAUUUUCUCCUGUUCUAUUGCUUCGAGUUUUCACUGAGAAAGAAGUUAUUUACACUACAGUCUGUGUGUCACGACUUGAAAUUUCACCGAACGACUUUCCGCUGUUCCGCUGUGUGCGUUCGCGAAGCGUCUUUUGAAUCUAUGUCACGAUUUCAAUUAAUUGUUAUUGCUGUGGGAGCACAUGAAAGUAGAAAACCUUCAUAAAAGAAAAAAAAAUUAAGAGCGCGAGGCAGUUUCUCAAAGGCGCGCAGCGGCACAGCGGAAUCUCGUUCGGUGAAGUUCCAAGUUGUGGUACACACACUAUAGUAGGUUCCAGAAAACGUCAUUUGAAAGCUAAGAUUUCAACUGGGACCUAAUUUUUUGAAAGUCUUUAAUUUCUAAAUUAAAAAAAAAACGAACGAAAGUUAGAAAAUUUAAUUUCCAUAUUUUUGAAGGUCGCGAGUCUUUGUCGGGAAUUUGGUACGCGCGAACACCAACCGCACCGAAAUCAUCGAUUUGUUCCGCCCUCUCGGAAAAUUGCUCUCAGUCUCUUAUUUCGCGCCACAAGUGAGAAUAAGAUAAAUUUGGAACGAGUUAAAAUAAGUAACUUUCCAGGGUUAUGGUUUCGUGCAAUAUUUGGAGCCUGCAAGCGCCGAAAAGGCCGUUCAGAUGUUCAAUGGAACCCACUGGAAAGGAAGUCUUCUUGGUUCGUUUUAAAGAAAUUCUGAAGUUUCACUUUUAAAACAGCCAAAACGUGUUUUAAAAUUCAUUGAGGAAAAAAAAGCACGAAACUGCUGGAAAAAAAAGAUCGACGUUCAGAAGCUUUUUAAUUUCAAACCUGUGAUCAAAAAUUUGUUUUUUUCUAUCCAAAAAAAUAGACAGUAGAAAAUUUGAAAAAAAAUUUGAUAAUGAGGCCUAAUACGAUUAGAUUUGAAAUAAACGUUACCAUUCGAUUGAGAGGUUGGAUCUCAAAAAAAUGUAUCAGUUUAAAUCAUUUAUUUUUCAGACGUCCACCUUGCCACGUUGGCUCCGAAUCGGCCCAGAAAAGGAGAGAUUCUGUAAGAAUUUGUCAUAUUAAAAAAAUAAUACAAAAAUCUCUCAAUUUCAGUGGAAAACGUGCCAUGGAAGUGUCUAUGAUUGAGACGGAUUUGCUGGAGAAAAGGAAUCGGGAAUUCGCCAUCGGUGACAAAACCAACAACGAAAUGCUCAAACCACACCGUAUUUCUAACCUUGCCUGGUUCUUGUACCAAAUAGAUCUUUUUCCAGCUCCUGGCUUCAAAGAUACGCUGAUUUGUGGCUCGUGUCGCUUUGUGACUAGCGAUUUCGAGGAUUAUAAGAGCCAUCGGGUCGCUGGCUGUGAUAAAGGCCAGGACAGCGGUAGGUUACAUGAGAAUUCCUGUUGAUGAUCAGAACAAAUCUUUUCUGCGAGACGCUAAAGUCUCAAUUAUAUUGCGAUUUCUCGAAACUUUUAUUUGAUCCUCUAAAAACAAUAGCAACAUUUUUAAAACAGAUUAUAUUGAAAAAAACGUGUCGUAAAUUUAUUAUUGAAAUACCAAAGCUGGAUCUUCUCAAAAGUCAAAACUCAAAAACAGAAGGAAAAAGCUUCCACCAGUUCUUCAUACUAUAAUUAAAAUUCUCUUGAUGAAUCCAUUGAAGCUUGUUGCAGAUGAGAAGAAGCAUCGACUGAAGUGUAAUUCGUGCGGACAAAUCUUCACGACCGGCUGGGCGGUUCUGUCGCAUCUCGCCGACUUUCACAAAAUGACGCUGUACAGCGUGAUCGAGGCGGAACCGAAGGCAGAACCCAAGGAGGAACCGAAAGAAGUCAAGCCAGUUGAUGAAGAGGAACCCGGCGAUGAGUACAUCGAUGAUUAAGUGGUUGGUUUCAGAAAAUGUGGGUUCGCGAAUAAUGCCAUUGUUCGCAGAAAGAGAUCGUGCCUUUUAUGCUUCUUUAUUAUUUUUUCAACCAAAAAUAAUUUGAAGCUCUUCGAGAAAAAGAAAGUAUUUUGAAGCGGAAACUGGUGAAAUUUAUCAUGGUCUUUUUGUCGAAAAUGUACCAAAACCGCCAAAAAAUCAACGUUAAAAAAUAAUUAUAUGAGAGAAGUUUAGGAAAAACAUUAUAUUCUGAAAAGAGUCUGAAAUUCGCGAGGUCCCGUAACUAAGUUUGAAGCGUCAGUUAAGCUCACGUUUUUUUAGAAACUUUUUAAAGAGAGUUCUUUUUCUGCUGAAAGAGUUUGCGCGAAAUUUUAUUUUCUACUUGAACUUUCUAUCAAAAAAACUGGUUUUUUUCCUACGAAAUUUUUUUCGUUCCACUUUUAUUUUUUUACUUUUUUUCAAAGUUGCGUUCGUGAAAUUUUUUUGGGGGAAUUUUUUUCAAAAAAAGAGUUUUUCAUUCUAUUAAACCGCUGUACUUAUCUUAUUUUUUACAUUUUUUAUUUCAAUACAACGAAUAUUUACGCAGGGCUUCGAGAAUCCGGCGCUUUUUGCGUUGA